CAACUCACGCGCAGCUCUACUGCGCAUGCUCAGAAACGAGGCAAGGCGACAGUCGACUGCCGCCGCUUGAUUGGCUGGAAGGACUACGGCGGCGGGCGGCGCUGAGGGGCCUUUGUCUGCGGUGCAAACGAUGGAUAGACAUCGGACGUCAUCCCAUCAGUUACAGUGAGAAGCUGAAGUAACCUGCUAAGUUCCAGGCUUCAUAAGUCUACAAGCUCGUCGCUUCUGAGUCCAUUGUUGAAUCCAGCCAUGAGCAACUUACAAGGUCCCAAUCCAUCGUACGAGCAGAAGCUCGAAAAGCUCCAGCGCUACUUGCCGUUCCUGCGGAAAAUGAUCACCAAACUGGAGCGUACAAACGAUCCUACGAGAACGGCGCAGCUGCAAAAGAUGAAACAUCUGCAUGCAAUAUUGACGGACAGCUCCAGAAAGCUUAAAUACGAGCUGCUGGUGAAAUGUGAGGGUGUCCUUCAAAAGCUACAUGACAAGAUUGAAGGGGAAUCGGAUGAUGAUGUUAUGGAGCUACCUCAGCCAGCGCGACCACAGCCCCAACGGCCGCCGCCACCAGAGCAUCAAAGGCGCAUGCUGUAUCCGGAAUCGGAGUGGGAGAGGCCAUCGCCUCCCCGUGAAGUUCAGCGCUCUGCCCCCAGUUCAUCAGGCGCGAGCCGACUCUCCGACGACCCUCCGGUUCACAGUCCACCACUCAGCUCAUUUGUGGAACGGAUAAGCAUGUCCUCGCCCUCCGCGAGUUUCAACGAAAUGGACCAACCUCGUAGUCCAAGUCCCGAAGUCGUAGCCCAGAUCCCAGGGGCGUUUGCUGGAAAUGACCACAAGGACAAAAAGUUUGAAAGGGGAAGAGAAAUUCUCCGAAAGCUGAUGAUCGGCAUGUCAAAAACCCUGGAUGAAACUGAAGUACAGAGUCCACCAGACGUUGAUGCAUCUGCUUCGAGGGGUCCGAAAAUCAUUCCGCUUGAACGUGAAAGCUCCACUGAUACCCCCGAUAGUGAGCUGCGUGUUGAUGAUAUCGCAGUUCCGGGGUGCAGUGAUCAUGGCACAGAUCCCCGUGGCGCGACGACAAUGCCCGCAGAGAGUGAUGCAUACAAUCCGGAAGAUGAGUGGAGCGAGAUUCGAAAGAAGCCGACCUUCAGGCCAUCUUUUAUGUCGAAGCCACCGCUCUCUAAAGAGGAUUUGGAAGAGCUGAACAGAGACCUGGGUGCAGGUAGCACGUCUGGUGGGACCUCAGAGGAGAAAAGACGAGAAGGAGGCAGCAGCUCCUCAUCUAGAAGUCGGCACAGAUCUGGUGAGUCCGGUAGCAGAAGACAUGGCUCAACUGAUGAUCGACGUGAUAAAGGAGAUCGAAGGGAUCGUCCUCACUCCAGUGAAAGCAGACUUGUGAUAAGGAAAGGCGAAACAUUAGCGGACGCGAAACGGCGGCGCUUUGAAGAGUGGAAGAAGGCUGAGAUCGAGAGGAGAAAAAAGCGAAAAGCAGAGCUAAAGCAUUCUAGUCAUGGAAGAAGUCGUCACGAACCAUCUAGAUCUUCUUCAAGCCAUCAUCGCAGAGAGCAUUCUCAAGAUCGUCCAUCGUCCCACAAAGCCGACCGAAAUGUCUCUAGGCAUGGGGAUACUGAUAAAGUGGACUCGAAAGAAAAAGCGACAGGAAAGACGUCUCAAGAUUCGACGGGGAGGAACCGCACUGAAUCAUUGUCCAUGGAUCCGAAAACGAAAACGGGUUCUGUGAAAGACCCGAGAAAGCAAGGCGAUUCCAGAUCUGAUGAAGCAGCUGAAACUUCCAAGAAACCUGAUGCGACAGUGGAAAAAGUAAGUGAACAGUUAAAGAAAUACUCCGUUCAGGAACUGGUAAAAACUGUGCACGAAAGUUUGAGUCCCGUGGCAAGAAAAAAGGAGCUGCCAGCAGAUGACCUCGAGCAAACAUUUACAUGUCUGGUCAUCCGGAACCUCCCUCCAAACACAUUGCGGCAAGAUAUUUUCCGCCUGUUCCAUGGCUUCGGUAUCGUGGAGCUCGUGCUUGAGGUGCACUUUUCAUUCACAUGUGCUGGCAUAGCUUAUGCUAAGCUAGCAGAACAUUCUGAGGCGAAGCGAGCUAGAAAGGAACUUGCAGACAAGGAAGUGCAUGGAAAUCCCGUGAAAAUAUCUCCUUGCGCUGAUGGCAUCUUCAGAGAAGCAAAGCGAACUUACGAGCAAACCAUGAAUGCACGCGAAGAGCAGUACGCAAAGCGUCAAAGUCAGCAAUCGCAACCGGCACCCCAGCCUACUGCUCUUCAGUAUCCACACCAAGUGCAUGAUCCCAGGACAUACCAUCCGAAGUACCCUAGUCACCCUCACGGCGUGUCUUCGCCGCUCCUGCCUCGGCCCGCUCCGGUGGGUGUAGGUUUCAAUCAAAGACCCUCACUGCCGGGCCGGUCGGGCUUUGUUCCACAGCAGCCGGCUCCACAUCAUCACAAUCAAAGUCCAAAAUUUCAACCUCACCCGGCAGCCCCAAGACAUUCAACUCCUCCAAGACCAAGCUUAAGCAAACACAACUUCGACAACCCCUACAACGUUCAACCGGGUAAAGAGGACAAGACGAUGCCAAGCAAAAGUGACCCCAGGCGCGCUGCUCAGAUGUCCUAUCAUGAGCAAAAGAAACAGCAGCUUGAGAAGGAGCUUGAGAUACUCAGGAGACACGAAGAAGAAAGGAUGAAACGCAAAGAGAAGGAGAAACAGCUGCAGAAAACCAAGCCGGAUGGUCGUGAGGUCAAGCCGGACAGACGUGAAAAGACCAAGGGGGACAAAGUCAAGACUGGGCUCCAGAGCCGGGAGCCGGUGAAACCAGUCAGUCGUGGAUCUACGUCUGCACAAAAGCCUGUUAUAGAACACAAAGCAGCAUCCUUGGGGAAGUUCAAGAUUCCAAAGCUCAAGAAGUCUGAACCGGAGGUUACGGAGAAGCCAGUAACGUCAGAAACUACUUCUGAUCAGGCGGUGCCUGACCCACAGACAAAGCCACCAGUGGCAUGCCACCAGGAAGAUACAGUUUCCUCAACUGUUGACACCGAAGAAUUAGUCGUGAAGCAAAAACGGAAGCGGCGGGUCGUCGUUAUCUCGGACUCAGAUUCGGAGUCUGAAGUGGAGAAGACUAGUAACGCAGCACAGGAAGAAAGAAAAAACAAGACCAGCGUGAAACAACCCGGCGAGGAGAAAGGUCACUGUGACGUGGAUCGUCUGAAGCAGUCAAAGAGUGUUGAAAAACAACAGCCAGAGUCAAGCUCGAAAAUGCAUCACAAGCUCACUCCCGACACCAAGACAGCCACUGAAAGUGAAUCUGAUGCUUGUGAAACGGUGGAAUCAGACACGGAUAGGACGGAUACCGAGCAAACGCCGACCACAGCUGAACUAGCGCAGAGCUUCAAAAAGAAACCAAUGGUAGUGCUAACUCGCACGAUCGCCAAAGCGCCAUCGGAUGCCGAUAAGGGAAGCGAGGUCCAUAGUUCUAAACCAUCAGUAGCAGAAGUACAAGUGGAUGCUACCGCCGUGGAACAAAAGCGGAGCGAGGCUGACGUGACGACCGAAAUUGUGAGUGACGACACCUCCGAUCUGCAGCCGAAGGAGGAUAUUCAGCAGGAAGACACGAGCACAGUGCCUAUCGAUUCCGACCUGAGCAACAGCGCUGCUGACGUAACUGCUGGUUCUACGGACCUGGAUAGUCCGGCGGUGAAGACUGAAACGGAAUCGAUUGAGCCGGAAGAGUGCAUGUACUGCUCUUUCAACGGAAAGAAAGUGAUCUUUCACUAUGUCAUGUCACAUCCAGGGAAGCCCAUUCCUGUCAAGAUGCAAAAAUCAUUCUUGGAAAAAGCGGUUCAAGAAGAACUUGGGCCUGGAGAUGAUUCGGCGAAGAAGCCUCUGCCGGAAGAUUUGGAAGCGAAACUGCUCAACGAUGAUCUCAGCUGGAUCCCACCAUCUUUGAUGUUUGACUAUAGCAUCGCAUGUCUGUACUGCAAAUUCACUGCCUUAAACAAGCGGCACAUGCUGCAACACAUUGCAGACCAUUUACAAUCCGGUACAUCGGCGCCUGAGGACUACUCCAUGAAGUGUAGGUUCUGCAAAUUCAAAACUGUCAACAGUCAGGAGCUGUUUGAUCACAUCACCUCGCACACUGGGGAGUAUCGUUACUCUUGCCAGCAGUGUGGAUACAAAGUGUUCCGCAUGUACUUUCUGAGGAACCAUAUCACCAACCUGCACAAGGACAGUACAGUGGAUGCUAUCUCGAUCGAGGAAGCUGAUAUUGGCAACGGAUGGAUGUACGGCUAUGCCUGCAAGCUGUGUGGUUUUGUUCAGCUCCACGAGCGAAACCUCAAGAAACACAUGGCUGAUUCUCACGAGGGGAGUACGGACUAUACCAAGAUCAACAUGUGCUUGAGAGGACCUUCUAUAGACAUCAGCAAAAAGGUCGGCGAGGCCCUCAAACGCAUGAAGGCGGAUGACGAGAAGCGAGCUGCUUCACUGCCGCCGCCGAUCGAUGACAUAACUGUAUUUGCAGUUGGCGAGCGCUGGCUGAAAGAACUGUCUGCUGAGGAGGCGGUCCGGAAAGAGCACAUGAACGCGCUGAUGGCGCAAUACUCAAAGAAGCUGGCGGUGCCGCCUGGUCCGUCGGGGAGCGAGCUUCUGCAGAGGCUGCAGUGCCAUGAAGACUCACCAGUGCGGUACCUCGAGGACAUGCGACAACGCGCCCUAGAGAAGCCGCCCAAGGUGGACGAAUCCGCUGAGCAGGAAGGCGAUCUGGAGCAGAGCCAAGAGCAGGGUCCGGACGACAAAAAGGGAGACAGCGACUCGGACGGUGCCAACUCGGAGCCGCCAUGGGAUGAGGACACCGGCGAAAGCGAGGAGGCCGCUCAGUCACAGCCACUGGACGAUGCUCUGUGCGAGCUGCAGGCGGUGCGGCCGGAUGACCCCAACGAGUUUGGGUACCAGAUCACCAUGAAGCUGGCGGCGGCGCUGCGGCCUCCGGCGCCCGAGCCGCCGCCGACGGAUGGUCUGUCCGGUGUCGUCAUCAAGCAGGAGCCGGCUGACCAGUUAGGCUUCAGCGCCGAGUCGGACGCCAGGGCUGCCGCCGGACUCAACUCGAUGAACGCCGACCUCGAGUCGCUGAUGAACGACUUCGACCGGUUCGAGCGUGAGCAAGAGCCACAAGAGCCGCCCAGGCCGAAACUGCGCAUCCGCAAACUCAGCGGCGAUCUCCUCUCGUCAGAUGACGCUUUGGGUGGUGGUCUCGGUGGCCUGACGAUCUCCAGUGUAAUGAGCCUGACGGGAGGCGCCGAGGCAGACCCUCUACAGACAGAAACGCCUGCCAAGAAGGUGGACGACCUGUUCUCGUUUCCGCCGGAGGGCGAGCGGCGGCCGUGGAAGCACUUUCUGACGCUCAAGGACCAGUCAAAGGUGAUGCGACUCAUGUUUCACAUGCAUCACAAGUCGGCCUACAAGUGCAACGCCGUCCACUGCAGCCUGACCACCAACAACGGCACCCUCUUCAAGCUGCACCUGCGCAACCACGAGAAGUGCGACGUGUGCUCUCCGGACGAGACCUCGUACACGUGCAUGAACACGCGACUGGUGUGCGUCUACUGCGGCUACAAGGGCGCCGACCUGGCCGAGCACGUGUACAAGCGGCACGCCAUCUCCCAGUUCCAGUGCGGCUACUGCUUCUACCGCACUCGACAGAACGCGUACAUGCACGAACAUCAGCGCCGCUGGCACGCCGACAUGCCGACGUACUUCUUGCAGUCUGACCCGGCCAACCCGCCUCCGGGCCUGAACUCCUCUCAUCUGGUCGAGACUGAGAUGGUCGGCGAGUCUAGUCUGACGCCGUACAUCUGCGCUCAAGACGGCUGCGAUCGCGCGUUCAUCAAGGCGGCGGUGCUCGAGCAGCACUACGCCGAGGCCCACCCAGACGCCAGCGUGUUCCCGUGUCACGUGUGUGGCCUGCGCACCGACUCUUUCGCCGCCCUGAUCGGGCACUACAUCGGCCACGGCUACGUCGCCUACCACUGUGCCUACUGCACUUACGCCAACCAGGACCAGAAUGACGUCAAGAAGCACCUGAUCGAUUUCCACCCUGAUGAUCCGCCCAAGUGCUACGCCAGGAUACCAAAGUCCAUGGACGUGGUGCUCGGUGUGCCGCCGGCCGCUGCUCCCCCGCCGCCGCCCCAGGUGCCGCCGCCGCUGCCGACCCUGCCGGUGACGUCAGUGAAGCAAGAGCCCGGCCUGGGCUCCGAGCUGCCGCCGGCGCCGUCCAGUCCGCCGGCGGCCGACGCCGCGCUGGCCGCCGUCAAACAGGAGCUGGAGUCGGAGCGGCCGGCGUCCGAGGAGCAGGUAGAGCUGGAGGAGGCGGCGGAUCCUACCGGCGGCCCACCGCAGGCCCCCUCACCGCCCGGCGAGCCGGCGCCGCUGCUGGGCGAGGACCUGUACCGCUGCGGCAACCCCAGGUGCUACGAGCGCUUCCCCACGCUGCCGUCGUUCAAGGACCACAUGCUGAGCUGUCCGCACGGCGAGAACGGCGUGCUGCUCUGCUUCCACUGCCCCAAACAGGUGAAACACGUCGGCACGGCCCUGGAGCACAUCCGACAGCACGGGCCUAAACGAUACUCGUGUGCGAUGUGCGACUUCUGUGCGUCCAUGCCGAACGCGGUGACCAAGCACCUGAAGCAGCAGCACCGCAUGUCGAGCUGCACCACGCUGCCACUGGUGGCUGACCGCGCCGACCCCGAGCGCGACCAAUUCGUGGUGUACCCGCGCCAGUGCGUGCCGCGCGCCGAACAGCCGCCGGCCGCCAGCGGAGCCGAACAGAAGAGCUUCGGCGUGGAGGAGAUCGACCAGCUGCCGCACCGACCCGUGCUCUUCCGGGCGAUGCAGUGUAAGCUCUGUCCGUACAGCACCAAGGUGACGCGCAAUCUGCGGAAGCACCUGCUGUGCCACCGGCGCAGCGACGGCACUGCGCCGCUGCCCGUGGCGGCGCCCAUCAACCCGCGGCCUUGCGACCAGCGCGGCGAGAAGAUGUUUGACAAGAUGGCCAACCUGGCCAGCAGCUCCGGCGAGGUGGGCGUGCCCAGGAAGGCCGAGGAGCUGUCGCCGGCCGACCUCGAGCGGCUGCCCAAGGAGGUGACUGAGGACAAGCGGUACAUCUGCAGCAUCCCCGGCUGCGUGUAUCUGACGCUCAACGACACCAUGCUCAAGUAUCACAUCCAGGCGCUGCACGGCCAGAUGAUCACCUAUCCGUGCCCGCACUGCACCGACCUCUACAUGAUCCCGGACAAGCUGAGCGCCCACCUGCGCCUGCACGGGCCGCGCCUGUACAAGUGCAAGUACUGCAUCUACAACCACUACCAGCGCAGUCUGGUGACGCGACACGUGCGUGACAAACACCCGAUGCUUCCGCUGGCAGACGUGGUGGUGCGAGAGCCCGACGACGACGAGGCGUCGCGGCCGCUCUUCAAGCCGUGGCGCUGCGGACUGUGCAAGUACCAGGCGCUGCUGCAGCUCGAGGUGGUCGAACAUGUGGCGACUGGGCACGGCCUGAGCCGCAACCAGUUCAAGUGCGGCCUGUGCUCGAUGCGCAGCUCCGUGCGUAGCGAAUUCGACGAGCACUUCGCCACCAAGCAUCCCGACGAGCCGGUCUCGGUGUUCGCCCUCUACUACAAGGUGGAGGAGGCGGACGCAGAGGCGGCGGCCAAGGUGGAGCAGUGCCAGCCCAUCUGGCAGCGCAACAACCCGCGCCGCAUUCGUCACGUCCGCGGCAUCCUCAUCGAGGAGGUGAAGGUGGCGCGCGGCUCGCCGAUGAAACGCAAACUGUCCACCGGCCAGAAGUCGCCAGUGAAGAGGCCCGCGCUACCGUCACCACCGGCUGGAGCGCUGGCCAGCCGAAACGGCUCGAAGGGGGCGGCUGGACAGGCGCGUCGUAGGGCCAUCAAGAGGGCGCUCCGACACACGACUUCCGGGAGGAUGCGGCAGCCGGCGGCGCCGGAGGUCCCGGAGCCUAAACCUGAUCAUGAGCAUACGUCGGAGCCUGACCAGACGUCGGAGCCGGAGCCGGAGUCUCCACGGAGGGAGGAGCCGACUGAGGCCGACGGUGCGGCCCCGGCGCGGGCCACGGACGAUGAGUUCUUAUCGCUGUUCGAGUCCAAGUCGUGCGAGCUCGGGCCCAAGGGUGACGCGGACGUGGAUGCGAAGCAGUUCGUCUGUCCCAGGUGUAAGAAGUACCGGACCAGGCGGAAACGCGACUUCACCAUGCAUCUGUACAAGGAGCUUGGCUACAACAGGUUCGUGUGCGGCAACUGCGGCCACAUGAACACGUCGAUGGCCAACAUGAAGCGUCACCACGAGAUGAUGCAUAAGGUGGCCCGGCUGCCCGAGGCCAUCGUGCCGCUGACUCCCGACUCGGCGCAGGAAGAGUGGAUUGAGGCGGUGCUGGACCACCAGGAGCGUCAGAUCGAGGGCAGGCCGCCCGCCGACGAGGAGCCCAAACAGGAGAAGCAAGAGGCCGGGCCCGAACCUAAGCCCGAUGAAGCGGCGCCGCCGACAGCAGAGCCGGAGCCGGUUCCGCAGACGGCGGCUGAGGAAGAGCCGAAGUCUGAGGCCGAGGCGUCACCGAGGCGGGUGGUGCCUCCGCCCGCGGCGGCGGCCGAGUCGCCGUCGGCGCCCAUCUACAAGUGCGGCUUCUGCGACGAGCGCGGCACCAUUCCGCAGCUGCGCGGUCACUGGAAGGCGCAGCACAGCAACCAGCGGUUCAAAAUCAUCAAACAGAUGCAGCGGUACGCCUGCAACCAUUGCUCGUUCAUGACGGCCAAGCUGCCCCUGCUCCGCGCCCACCUGACAAACGUGCACCCGGGUGCACCUAUUACCGACUUCACGACACGUGCGCACGAUCGCCAGGUCCGCUACAAGUGCAGAUGGUGCAAGGAGACCCGUUUCGCAACUCGAGCUAUUGGUGAAGCGCACCACGCAGAGAAACAUCCACAGCUGGAGCUCAAGGUGGAAUCGUACACGGCACGUAAAGCGGAGCCGAGCGUCGCGAGUGCGCCACUGUCGUCACACCCGAUCGAGCCACCUUCUGGUGACUCUGAUGCCGGUGAUCUGAGGUCUGAGAGUGCGUCUGUCGUGGACGCCCCAGCGGCGGCGGCCGGGCCGUCGUCGACACCUCCAGCUGCCCCGCCGGGCUCGUUCCGGUGUCCCCUGUGCAGCUACACGGGCUCCCGCGUAACCUACGUUGACGCCCAUCUACUAUCGCACUAUAAACGCUACAAGUGCGAGACGUGUGGCUACGUUGACGGCAUGCGCACCGUCGUGUCUCGCCACCACGCCCGAAAGCAUCCGGGCGAGCCGGAGCGGGUCGUGCUGCUCGACCACCUGGAGCGCGAGUACCAGCAGAUGAAGCGAUCUGUGCGCGACCAGUCGGGCCCGGCAGCGGCACGCGGCGCCUCGCCGGCCCGCUCUGACAUCACUACCGGCAGCCGCGGCAGUCGCGGCACCAAACGCUCCACCGACGGCGUCAGUCCGGCCAGUAAGAGGCCGCCCGGCCCUGCGUCGGCGACCCGAUCCACGGGCCAGUCUCCCCGCGGUGUGGCGCGCAAGUCGACCGCUGGCGCGCGGCUCAGUUACGCGCGCGUCGGCCGCGGCGUGGCGCUGAAAUCGACAGGUGGCGCACGCCGCAUCGCUGCGCCCUACUCCUUCUACGGCACUAAGCCGCCGCCAGUGAGCAGCUUUUCGGAGGUGACCACGCAGCUGACGCUGGGUGGCGCCACGUCGAUGCGUGUCAACGUGCCAACUCUGGCGCAGAUCGUCAGACUGUACCCGCGCUGCUGCGUCGUGGACCUGCGCCAGAAGCCGCUGGCGUUAUGACAGGUCGCCGCGGCGGCUGGGGCGCGGGCACGGGACGACCUGUGACCGUCCCUGUGUUCAGGGUGGGUGUGGGGAGUGUUGGAUCUGACCUGCGGCGUGGGAGGUGUCCGAUAUCGCGUGUUGUGUGAAUUGUCCAGGGUCGGUCCCACGGGUGGUACCGCUGGGUCGUGGCAGCGCCGGCACCGACCGGCCGACCGGCCGCCAUUGUUGCAUCUAGUCCAGCGCCGCUCAGGGGUCGACCGAGUCGGUCAGCGCUGGUUUUAUUAUGGCUGUGAGCGCCGUCUCUUGUCGAUCAUUGAGCUUCAAUACAUACCACAUUUGUAAGAA